AUGGGCGAUGGUCUUGGGAAGAUAGAGAUCAUCCCAGAUCACUUCCAAGGCCCAGCUUCAUCGGAAGACUCUCCUCGGACAGGGAAGACCGAGUGUCCAUUGAGGUGCCAGAUUCUGCUGACGAUUAUUUUCGCCCAUUUUUAUUGACUUUACGUGAAUUCAUUUAGCUCUGUUGACCCUCUUUUAGGACAGAUCCCGUCGUCGUACACGGGUUGGCGGACGACUGAUGAACGCUGGAUCAAUGCUGAGGUUGUUCAGCCUUCCAGGCCUCCCCUGGUCCUCUGGGGUCGAUGGCGACAAGGUGGGUUCUGCUGUCGCAAAGCCUGAAUUGAUCUGGGUUUCUUCAGUCUUCGGUAAAAAGAAUGGUUUUUUUUCUUGGCUGAAGGUGGAGCUGUCCGCCGCUCAAGUGGAAUCUCUCAGGUCAGAAAUCGCCGACGCAGAAGAGAGAGAAGCCCAUCUGAAAGCCCAGUAAGCACCACCUCGGCCGAGCUUCGAGUUGCUCUAGCUGGGUCUUUUUACUUUGGAAUGAAAGACCGAAGAUUCAAUUCUUCUUCUUUAGCUGUCUUCUUCCACCCCCAUCGGAUUUAGUGCCGCCCCAUUGCGAUUUCCUCCUCCGAUUGCCGAUUAAAUCUGAUAGAUUUCACCUUUCUGUGGCGUGCCCAGGCUGGAACAUGUCGAUGAGAUCCUGAGGUCUGCCCGUCUUGCUGGCUAUCUCCACCUCCGAAAUGUAAUCCCAGCCGCAUCGACGUUCUCGCUGCCUCAGAUCAUGCAAGAGCGGUCAAUCUUAUCCUUUUAAUCUCCUCUCUUCUUCCAGAGAUGGACCCAGCUUCCUGGAGAACCACCGAUCAUAGACGACGUCGAGGUCGACGACUGGCUCCCCCGCUUCGUCGUCCUCAGCGGUCAAUGUCUCUUCUACUACCUCAGAUCCACAGGUAAAAUAUAUGCCUUCUGUAUUUCAAUUAAAUAUCAAUAUAGGUGCAUAAGAAGGUUGCGAUUCAUGCAGAUCUGAGUCCUCAGGACUCCACCCUGCUAUCCGACAUCACCGAAGUGGGCCUGCUGCCGAGGAUCGUCACGGAGGAUCAAGAAGCGCGGCAUGCGCUUUAUAUCCUGACGCGCCAUGGCCUGCGAUUCGAGUGCGCCAGCCCCUCCAGAGCGCAGGUGGGCCCUCUUUCUCUCUCUCCCUCUGCUGCCCUGCCCUGUUUGUCCUAUUUGUCAUAUGGCUGUCUCUUCUUAUGGACCUCUUGUCCUGGGCAUCUGCGACGUGACAGAGGAUGGCACCGGAAUGGGGCUUGAUGGGUUAGAAUGUCAGACUGAUGGGUAGAUAGGAGACGGUCAAAGAUCACUCAUUUAUGUGAAAUGCUCCCAGUCGGAAAAGUCAGCGAAGAUCUGUGUUCCUUCUGUCUUACCUCUCGAUUCUCUCUUCUGUUUCCAGGUGGACUCGUGGUUGACCACGUUGCGGGAAGAUUGCAACUUGGGAUCGCCCGAGGGCUCGGACAGAUCGAACCUGGAUUAG